CGGAGCCGGGCAAUCACCCACGGGGGUGGGAAUUUUAAGUUACACUGGCGAGAACGUCGAACGUUUGUCACAGUCGAUCUCCAUUACCGAUCGCAGUGGGUCGAGUCAGUUCGUCCGCCUCAUCAUUUGUUUUGUAACCAUAGUUACGUGACAUUUGUUAUUGUGACCGUCGUUGUUGAUUUAGUUGCGCACAUUUCCCACUUUUUAUUAAAUGGUGGGACAACUUUUGACGUUCUCUCAUUCGAACACUAGUGCUCUACAACCGUUGCCUGGAUAUAUGCAACAGCCCGUGGUAAAUUCUGUAGCCGAAACGGAGCCGCAGUGCCAGUUGGGGAUGAUUGUUACAAUGAAACAGGAACCGAUGGACGAGGCGAGGAACGAUUCCGGUAUUAAUUCCGGCAGCGAUUGUCGCUCGGUAUCGCCCGGGAGCGACAGGAGUAUGGACUCGCUGCCCCAGACGCCUCAGAACCACGACAGGACAAUAAGCAACCAAAAUCAGUUCGCCAACAGGAUGCUUCCAGAUCCUUCGUGGUAUAACAAUCACUUUCUCGCGUCGCCCACCAACAGCAAGGGGCGCGACGCCGCUCAGAACGGCGACCACAAUUCUCAGUCGCCCAAGUUGGAUUCCGGCGACGAGACCGCCGAGUACGACGAUCAAGGUAUCAGGAUUCCCAAGGUCAAUUCUCACGGCAAAAUCAAAGUGCACAAAUGCAAACAGUGCGACUUUGUCGCGUACACCAAACUCGACUUCUGGGAGCAUUCGAAGACUCAUAUCAAAGGCGAUAAAAUCCUCAAAUGCCCCCGGUGUCCUUUCGUGACCGAAUACAAACACCAUUUGGAAUAUCACCUUCUCAAUCACGCCGGGGCGAAGCCCUUCAAGUGUGACCAUUGCGAGUACACUUGCGUCAACAAGUCGAUGUUGAACUCGCACCUCAAAUCGCACUCCAAGGUGUAUCAGUAUCGCUGCGCGGACUGCUUGUACGAAACCAAAUAUUGUCAUUCGCUGAAGCUCCAUCUGCGCAAGUACAACCACAAGCCGGCGAUGGUGUUGAAUCCGGACGGUUCCCCGAACCCUUUACCCAUAAUAGACGUCUACGGCACCCGUCGUGGGCCGAAGGUGAAGAAGCAACAGUCGACGAGUCCCUAUCCGGAGUCGUUGUCUCCGAAAUUGGAGCCGCCUUUACCGUUUAAUCCUUUGGUGGCCCCUUUGCUGACCCAGAACCAGUUGCCCUUUCCGUUUCCGUUCGUCGGCGGGUUUUCCGGUCCGAUGCCGAACCUCACCAAUCCUGAGUUCGUCGAGAACGUGCAAAGGUUGUUCAGGCAGAGGAUCGAGGAGUUCGCGAAACAACAGGGCUCCGGGUCCAACGAGAACGGGGUUUUGGACUUGAGCAAGCCCAACGAUCACUCUUCGGAAGACGAGUCGGAGUCGACGACGGUAUUUGGCAACGUCGAGGUGGUGAGCGACGUCAGAGAUGCCGACUCGUUGGACAAGACCCUGAAGGAGGAGUCGGAAGAUCGUAACGUCGAGAACAACAACAAAUACGACUUCGCGUGUCAAUAUUGCGGCAUAUGUUUCGACGACGAGGUGCUGUUUAGGAUCCACAUGGGUUAUCACGGAUACAGCAACGCCUUCACGUGCAACAUGUGCGGCGAGGAGUGCAAGGAUAAGGUCACGUUCUUCUUGCACAUCGCGAGGGCGGCGCAUUAGGCGCAAUUUCGUCCUUCUCU